AUGUCGGACAAGAAAAGCGACGACGUGGUGAUUCGCAUGCCCGAGGGGAAUGGCCAUGCCAAUGGCAAGCAGCUGCCGGGCUUUUCGCCCGCCAAGGCAAAGACGGACGCGCUCAGGGGGUCCAUGUCGUCUUUGGAUAACAACCGUGGCGCGUCUGUGUUCGCGUACUGCUUGAGUUCGAUGAGUAUGACCAUUGUGAACAAGUACGUUGUUUCGGGAUCCAGCUGGAAUAUGAACUUGCUGUAUCUUGCUGUACAGUCAAUUGUCGGCACUGUUGCCAUUCUAAUGUGCAAACAGGCGGGCAUGGUCAGAGACCUCGGCCCUUUUGAUUCGCAAAAAGCCAAGACAUGGUUCCCUAUCGCUUUGCUCCUUGUGGCCAUGAUUUAUACCGGCAACAAAGCUCUUCAGUAUUUGUCUGUGCCCGUGUACACCAUUUUCAAGAACUUGACCAUUAUUGUCAUUGCCUAUGGGGAGGUUUUCUGGUUUGGAAGCAGCGUCGGCCCCCUGACUCUCGUUUCCUUUGCCAUGAUGGUCUUUAGCUCCGUGGUGGCUGCGUGGGCAGAUUCCAGGAUUGCGGAAAGUGCUGCUGCCGUGGCUACUUUGAACGCUGGUUACGGCUGGAUGGGAAUCAACGUCUUCUGCGCAGCGUCGUAUGCCUUGAGCAUGCGCAAGGUUAUCAAGAAGACGGGGUUUAAUAACUGGGAAGUCAUGUACUACAACAACCUGCUCACCAUCCCUGUGCUCAUGCUGUCUUCCCUCCUCGUCGAAGAUUGGUCCUCUUCCAACCUCAACAGCAACUUCCCCGAAGCAUCUCGCGGCAAAAUGAUCAUAGGCAUGAUCUACUCGGGUCUCGGAGCUAUCUUCAUCUCUUACUCGACUGCCUGGUGCAUACGCGCCACUUCAUCCACCACAUAUGCCAUGGUUGGCGCGCUCAACAAGCUGCCCGUGGCUGUUUUGGGCAUCAUAUUCUUCGCGGCACCGGUCACCUUGGGCAGUGUCUCGGCUAUUUUUCUGGGUUUCGUCAGUGGCAUCGUUUAUACGGUGGCCAAGCUGCAGAACAAGGAGAAGCCCAAGCCCGCACUUCCCUUGACCAACAAGAUGUGA